AAAUCGACAAGCUCGGUCAUUUGGCGGGCACCGAGACGACGAAACUCGAACGCUCUCCAAUGGAACCAGAUCUCCUCAAAUCCUCCCUCUUCUACGCCGAUCAGCGCCUUUGCUCCGCCGAGAUCCUCUCACCUUCCGAAGUGCGGGCAAGAAUCGAAGUCGCCGUCCUCAAUUUCCUCAAGAUCCUCACUUCCCCGACCCCCGCUAUCCCCGCUCUCGCUCUGGUCUCUUCCCCCCUUCAAGUCCUCCAAAAAUGGUUCUUGUGGUGAUGAACGUCGGUAGCUUGUAAUUUAGUUCAAUUGAUUGUUUAUUGCACUGAAUUUUAAUGGAAUACCGAGCAAAGCCAGCUUCAUGUUGCCAAGUUUAAAUUCUUAUGAGAACUCUGGUUGUAUUGAUGCUUGUGAAGCAAUAGGAAGCUAUGUUUACAACUCUAGCGUUAUUGCUCUGCUCUUGUACGUAUCAUGAAAUGAAAUGAUCUAAACAUUUGUCCAUCUUGUAGUUUAAACUUUAAAACAUUAUUUCCUUGCUAAUAACCUAUGGAUCAACAGAUAUUUGAUUGCCAUCUCAAGUUAUUGGCUAUGUAAUUGGUUUUAAUCUGAAGCAAAAGAUCCCUUAAUUCUACUUUCUAUAUAUAUAUCAACUGUGACUGCAUCGAUGCUUUUGCAAACCAGUCAGAAGCUAUGGUUAUGAGUACCACAUCACUCAUUCGUUUUGUAUAGUAUGAAGAAAUUAUAUAAGUGAUAUGCUCCAUACUGUUGAAGAACUCUUAAAUUGCUUUUAAAUAUUUCAUUGGCCAGGCAAUCCUGUGAAUUAUUCUGGCAUUCUCAUUAUCAAAACAAUUCAUGAUAAAAAAUGCACAUGAUUUAUUAGUAGAACAUUCAUGGAUUACACAUUUAUGAUGUCAAUAUUGUUGUUGGCAGAGGCAGUGCUAAUAUUCUGUUGCUUCUGUUUCCUUUCCAUGUUUGUUUUUACACGAAUCAGCAAAUGUGAAUUUUGAUAAUUUCACAAAUUUUCAUCUCCUUUAAUAUUAAAAUUUCAAUUAUCUGGAAUCUUUCCAAACUUUAUGCUGAAUUUUCUCCAUAUCCCAUAUUCUAACUCUUACUCUCAGCUGAGUAAUUCUGGAGGCCAAAUUUGUGAUUUUGCAUGAAAUAAAUUAAUCUUGACAUUUCAGCCUACCAUACUGCACAAGUUUUCCCAGAGCGGUUACCCUAAUCAUGAUUUGAAGCAUAAUUACCUCAUUGGUACAAUAGGUUAGUAGAAGGUCAGAUAAUAGUUGGCUACGUCAUGGACUGUUGAGUGAUGUUUCCUCAGUCUUCCUUUCUCAUUCCUUUUGUAUGAGGUCUCUCACAAGAGCCAAUGAUGCCAAGGCCUUCAUUAGAGUGUGGAAGGUCAUGGAAAUGUGUUUUCGGGUUCUGCAUCACGGAAAGCUAGUCACCCAGAGGGAGCUCUUUUAUAAGUUGCUCAGCGACUCGCCAGAAUUCUUUACUUCUCAGUGUCAAGUCAACAGAACAGUGCAAGAUGUCGUUGCAUUGCUUCGUUGCACUCGACGGAGUCUAGGUAUCAUGGCAUCCAGCAGAGGUGCGAUCAUUGGGCGCUUACUGUUGCAGGAGCCAGGUGAAGAGAUCAUUGACUGCUCUGUGCUUGGACAAGCUGGACAUGUCAUAACGGGAGACUUAAAUUUGUUGAGCAAACUGGUUUUCCGUUCAGAUGCUCGAUUUAUUAUCAUAGUAGAGAAGGAUGCAAUUUUUCAAAGGUUGGCUGAAGAUGGCCUAUUCAAUCAGAUACCAUGUAUUCUGAUCACAGCUAAAGGAUAUCCUGACAUUGCAACAAGGUUUAUUCUACAUCGACUAAACCAGAAUUUUCCAGACUUGCCAGUUUUGGCAUUGGUGGAUUGGAACCCAGCAGGGCUGGCAAUACUAUGCACCUAUAAGUUUGGAAGCACAACUAUGGGUUUGGAAUCAUACAGAUAUGCUUGCAAUGUUAAAUGGCUUGGACUACGAGGAGAUGAUCUGCAGCUUGUACCUCAACAUUCAUUGGUCCAACUGAAGCCGCGUGAUCUACAAAUAGCCAAAAGCUUGAUGUCAUCUAAGUUGCUGCAGGAGCCCUAUGCAGCAGAGUUGACAAUGAUGGUUGAGAUGGGCCACAAGGUGGAAAUUGAGGCUCUGUACUGCCAUGGUUUUGAUUUCUUGGGGAAAUAUAUUGCAGGGAAGAUUGUACAAUCCGAUUAUAUUUGAUGAAACUAUGCUAAUUUGUGGUUACCUUUUAAAUUUCAUGGCAUCAGAAUGCACUGUUCUUUUCUCUUUUUGACUUGAAUGUGGUUGAAUAUAUAAAAUUUAUUUGAGAGUU